AUGGGCCCUGCGCAAGAAGUGGACAGCGAAGAGUUCUUUCUUGAUAGCGACAGAGCUUUAGGAGUAUCUGAUGGCUAUCUACACCACAGUCUCACGACGAUAGCAUCAUUCUCGCUAUUCCUCUUCUCUCUGCCUCUCCCACCUCUCUCUCGCUUUGCUCCAUUCCACAUCCGCCUCCCUCUUCUGUCCCAUUUUCCACUCCUUUCGUCUCUCUUUCUCCAUAGCUUUCUCCCUCUUUAUCUCUGCUUCCCGCUCCUUGUGUCUCGCCUUCUCUCUCUUCUUUACCUCCCACUUUGCUCUCCCCCACGCAGGCAUCUCGGCUUGUAA